AUGAGCGACUUUUUUGGUGGAUGGAGUGCAAACUCAAUACUGGAUCGACUUUGCCACCCAAACCAGAGUACGACACUUGGCUUUCCCCAACUGGUCCCAACAGAAGGAACCGCUCCUCAAAUUUCUCGCUACGUUCAUUCUCUGGUCUCCUGGUGGUAUGACGCAGGGAUGACUUGGCACGCUCGCUUCAGGUAUGCUGAUAGUGGGUUGCAUGGCAUAAUUCACCGAGAGGGUCGCCCACACUCGGUACACCGUGGAGGCGUCCAACCAGCUUCGAAUGAGGCCUUCACCGUCAGUUCGCCGCCUCUCUUACGUGAGCAUUUGUUUUCCCGAUACACAGCAACGGUGUUUUCCGGCUCGGAAGCGCGCAAAAAGGAUCUGGGCCAAGCGACCGUCUCAUUCACAUGUGCCUGGCGUUUUUCUGGUCACACGAGCGCAAAAAGGAUGAUGAAUGCAUUUGUCUUUUCUGGGCCGACAAGAACUCAGACAGCCCUCUGA